CUAGCUCUACUACCACAUCUUCAUCCCCUGCAUAACCCCCACCGCGUCUCCCCAUCCUACUAUGUAGAUGAGACCGGUGAUAACGAAUACCUCCUCCGAGACGUCAAUUUUAACAUAGGUCCCGCUUCAUUGGCUACUCCCGAUAAGUUGCAAUAGGUCAAUGAUAGAUGAUAGGUACGUCGAAGGUGACACUAAUUUAUUUAGAUCUAUGUAGGUACCUACCUAACCUAAUGCAACCUUUCAACUUGACCUGGAGGUAAUGAUGCAAUGCAGAUAAGCGUGUGAAUACUUGAAUUAACAGUCAUCAUUUUCCAUGGUCAUCAUUUUCCUUCGUAGCAAGCUUGUCCUGUUGACUGUCAUACUCAUGCAAGCGAACCAUGGCGAUGGCGUUUGUUGAAGUUGUGCAGGCAGCAAUCGGUGCUGGCCCCCUCGACGAACCUCCAGAACGUCGUUUAGCCCCCAAUACUCCUCCGGACUAUGACAUAUCUGGAACAAAGACGAAUGUAGAAAAAAAGAGAAUUGGAACUGGGACACAGGAAUCCCCUGACGUCUCUGUUGAAACAGGCACAGCGACUACCAAGUCGGUUCAGGGGAUCUGGGGUAAGAAAGGUAGAUGGCUUAUCAUUGCUGGUUUAUGCCUGAUCAUGGUUGUAUACGAGAUUGACAACAGCACCGUUUAUAUAUACCGCAACUAUGCCUCAUCGGAGUUUGGAGAGCUGUCAAAAAUCGCCGCCUUAAGCACAGCCGGGACGAUUAUAUUCGCCGUUGCGAAGCCACCCAUCGCCAAGCUGUCCAACGUCGUCGGCCGCGGAGGGACAUAUCUCAUUUCCAUGAGUCUUUAUAUCCUGGCUUAUAUCAUCAUGGCUUCCUCUAGGACCUUUAAUGCUUAUGCAGCUGGCUCUAUUUUCUACCCCCUCGGCCAAUCUUCUACCAACUUAAUGAACGACAUUAUAAUUGCAGAUUUAACAACUGCCCGAUACCGAGCGUUCGGCAUCGCCCUCUCAUUCUGGCCUUUCCUGAUUACACCCUGGAUCGCUGCUCUUAUUGUCGACAGCGUGGUUGCGCCCGCAGGAAUCGGAUGGCGUUGGGGAAUCGGUAUGCUAGGUAUUAUUAUGCCAUUCUGUGCGAGCUUUAUCGUCACUACAUUGUUGUAUUGUCAGAUCCGUGCACAGAAGGAAGGGCAUGCAUCCAGGAGAAGUAUUUCCCUGUACGAGUUCUGCUCGCAGAUUGACCUUGGCGGCCUAAUCCUAUUCAGCGGCGGCCUAGCCCUCCUGCUCAUACCAAUGACACUGGCUGCCACGACUCCCUCGAGUUGGAAGACGCCGUCGCUUGAUGCGCUGAUUGCUCUUGGCAUAGCGUUGCUUAUGGCUCUCCCUUGGUACGAACAGUAUUUGGCCAAGCACCCCGUAGUACCCCCACGGUAUUUUAACAACCGCACUAUUGUCCUGUGCUGUCUUCUUAUUGCCAUGGAUAAUAUUGGCUUUUCAGCAACACAUACUUAUAUCUACUCUUGGGUCACAGUGGCCCGGGGCCUCGACGCCCGCGAUGCAACCUUUUUCACUUAUACCAAUGGAGUAACGCAGUGCCUGAUCGCGAUUGUUACGGGACUAGCAAUAGCCAAGACCAGGCGUUACAAAUGGGUUUGUGUUCUCGGCGCUACCAUACGUCUGGUAGGAUAUGGAGUCAUGGUUCACCUCCGAGGAUCCGAGAAUAGCACCGUGGAAAUAUUCAUCGUGCAGUUCGUACAGGGCGUUGGUAGCGGCAUGGUCAGCUCGACUUUACUUAUCCCAGCACAGGCUGUCGUAUCGUAUACCGAAAUGCCUCAGAUCACCGCCUUGGUUAUCUGCUUUGCUUUCGUCGGGAGCAGCAUAGGUUCCUGUAUCGCUGGCGGCAUAUACACAGGUAUGAUUGAGACGGAGCUAUCCGCGGCCCUGGGCGAUGUAGCGACGGCGGAGACGGUUUCUGCGUUGGCAAAUUCGAUUACAGGUGCCAUUGUUCCCGAGUGGGGUACCCCUGAACGGAUCGCCGUUAACUUUGCAUUUACGGAGGUGAUGAGGUAUAUGACAUACGCAGCCGUGGGUCCCUCUGCGAUUGCGCUCGUCGGGUCAUUCUUCAUGCCCAACUAUGAAUUGCCAGAUAAAAACAAUCUCGUCGAAUGAAGAACAACGGGGAUAAAGGCGCCAGCCCCCUGCGAUAGACAUCGUGAUACCAAAAAAAAACAAAAACAAUUAUUAGGUACCUCCGAGCAUAUAUGGAUGAGAUGGAGUUGAGAAUGAAUUGCAAUUUCACGUACUGCCCGAGCUAUGAAGAGUCACGAUUCAUAUCAAGUGAUAAUUAAGGGGUUAUCCUCGCCUGAAACCCCCAAUUAACUUCAGACAGCCUGUGAAAUGCCAUAGACAGCUCGUCAGCGUGGUUGGGAUAUAUAUCUUGGAAUGGGUGGUAAUCAGGUUCGCAAGUAGUUCCAACUUUCGGCAGGGUGCCGUUCUGAAAAUAAGCCCGAAUAUGGCUGGCUGUGCAAGUCGAAGCGGCAGAAAGGCUGGUAUGCUGCAUGGAGAAUUAUGUUAGCUUACAGGACCUAUAUAAAAUCAAUAAUAUUAGAUCACUAACGCCGUAGGAAUUUUGCACCAAGA